AUGCCUCCGCCGCGGAAAAUCACUAAUUAUUUCAAGCGCCCGGCCUUUGCGUCGGCGGCAAUAGGAACUCGGUCAAAAUCACCCGGAGAAGACCCCGCGCCGCAGUCCUCGCCGCAGUCCUCGCCUCUCACUGAACUCUCCUCACAGCUAUUGCCAUCUCUGCUACGCGCAGCAGGUGAUGAGCCAGCUGAUAAUGACCCAGCACCACAAUCGAGCUUCCAAAGUGCCGAAACAGGAACAUCGUUUAACUCGGCGCAGCGCAUGAUGAAGAAUGGAAAGGAGGUCGUCAUCAGUUCCGAUGGCGAUGAGUCCGACUCAGCAGGGUCUCUUGAGUCGCCGGACGAUCUUUUGGCAAGGUUUUUAACUCCAAAAUCCCCGGUGACAACAAAAGAGCGCGCUGGCGAUGACAACGAAACGACACAGCCUGACCGGAAGAACCCAAAACAUAAUAGCGUCGUAAGGACUGAGUCUGCGCCUCGAAAAUACAAGAAUUCGUUGGAAAAUCUCGUCAGACAGGCGGUUUCUGACAACGAGACUGAAGUUGGUAUCGCGAAACUGAGGGCAUCAUUGAAUGAUGAAUCUGACCGUAAUACCGAUAGCGGCCCGGACAAAGCGAGUAAUUUGAAUGAGGGUGUUCUCGCAUCUGCGAUUGAUGAUGGGAAUGAUGAUAGCAUGGGGCUUCAACGACUGCUAGAUGCUGUGCGGCGAACGGAGGCUUUUGACUUAGGAAAAUCUUGGUCAUUUUUUGACCUUCAGACACCCCUACCCCCCGGCCCAGAUUUUCCACGCGAGUGUGUUUCCCCCAGGACGUACCUAGGUGUGCUACGAGAGCCCGAUUCUCGGGUACGAGCUUUCUAUUCCGGAAUCAUUGAUUUUGCCCUGUCUAGGGAACUCCUACCUGAUGAAUUGGUCAAGUGGAUAUUUCAUUCCAUACCAUCCGAGCCUCGGGAUAGUCUGAGGCAUGCUUAUGGGAGAGCACUGAAGCGCAUUCCGGCGGAACGCAUGAGGGCACUCAUACGGCCAAGCGAUGUUGAUGUUCUCUUUUGGCAGUUGAGCGCUAGGCCUGAGGCGUUAGCUACGUCUGAAGCGGUUGUGCCGGACGCUCACCCUAACAGCAAUGCCUCGGACUCACAAGCUCAACAUCAUAUAGCUUUGAUAUCCGUCCUGAAUGUCUUCCGUGAUUCAGCAAAGCUAUUCGCUGGCGAUACCCGGAAUCACAUUCUGGGUAUUCUUCUCCGUCUUCCACUCGAUGCUUCCUUGACUCGCAAUACAGUCAUAUGUUCGGAAAUCGAAAGAACCAUCACGGCUGUGCUCGACGCUGUCACUGAUGAUUCAGCUGAUGAGUUGGCAACUAAUGUCUGUGACAAUUUAUACGCCACUCUAAAAGAUGCAGAGCUACAAAGUCGCCUUCUGGAACACAUCGCCCCAGUGAACGACUGGAUUGCAACAUUAAGGCGUCGUCUCGCAUACAUCUUCCUGACAGGCGAUCCGUUAGUCGAUGCUGGAUCCCAGGACAGGACGGCCGAAAUUAAAAGAAUCAUUAAUAUCCUCAAAGAUCCUCGUUACGAUGUGAAGCGGUAUAAAAGGAAAGACCAGCCUGAAUACGACUACGGCGCACUAAGGGCCAUCACCACAUUUCUCAAUAUUAUCAUUGACUCUGGGUGGUCCGAGACCCAGUUUCCUGAUAAAGGCGCAGAGGACGAAUUCAAUAACGAAGUGGACGUUCUUGCUGACAGGAUUAAGAAGGUCUUUACUGCUAUUGAAGAUUCCGGUGCGUCUCAUCUUAAGCGCACUCUCGCGAAGGAGGCCUUAGAGACUCUGCACUAUCGCGUCGUCUACUCUGUCAGAACGAAGCCACGUCCGAAGAAGACCUACUUUGGCGAAUACGAAUCACAGCAAAAGACCCAGAAUAUCCUCAAAUUUGUCAAGAAGAAAGAGGUGGUGAUUUUAAGCGAUAAAUCUGGAUCUUGA